AUGUCAUGGUCAAGCCUUGUUAGUGCUGCAAGAACAGCAACAAAUCGCAAUCUCAUGCUUUCUCAAUUCAAAUUUCUACACCAAAAUCAUCACCCUUUUCAACAACCCAGUUACAAUAAAAGGAUUUCAGUAACAAGAAGAUGUGAAAUCAAGAGGCAUUUUUCUACUUCUUAUCGAAUAGGUGGUGGUUCUGCUGCUACUAGUAAUACUAGUAGAGAGCAGAAGUCAAGAAAGACGUUAAUUUAUUUGACGGGUUUGGUGAUUGCUAUGGUUGCUUCUAGUUAUGCUGCUGUUCCUCUUUAUAGAAGGUUAUGUCAAGCCACUGAUUAUGGCGGUACUGUUCAACGCCGCGAGUUCAAGAAGCUAUUGGUUUGGAGAAUCUCUGAUGGGAUAAGCUUGUUGUGUCUUCAAAACUCAGUAGAGGACCAUACACAAAUUGAUAUGUAG